GCCGGCCUGAUGGGUCACUUGGCUCGUAUGCAGACUUUACCUUAACCUUACUGUAGUAUAGCACGAUUCCGAAAGCUCAUGAAAUCACAAUCUGUUACCGGUCUUGCUAGAACGUGCCUCACUUCUAUGUUACCCUACAUAUAUCUAGCCUGAGCUUUGGAGUUAUAACCAUGAAAAGGGCUAUAUAAGACCACUUAAGACCUGUGACAUGACCAGCAGUAACUUUCUACUUUUGAGAGAGGACUAAAUUACCGCAAGGGUUCGCUUGUCGCGUGUACUGUUAGGUGCUCAGUUUCAGUUAUUCUAUUAGCAGGUGGCGGUUUUGUUUGAGGUCGUAAUUUCAGGAGACAGUUUCACCCACAUGAAGUACUCAUUCUGGUGGCACGGCGCAACGGGGGACAACGUCAUAGAUCUGCCUACUGCACCUUCUUACAUCACCGUUCGAUCAGACAUCCUUUUCAAUUUACAAAACGUGUGUGUAUUCAUUCCACAUAAGAAAAAUUUUACGUUUUGAUUUGAACCCUCUAAUUACGAUUAGUUCUAUUCGCCUUCUCUACCUGCUGAUGUGUAACGCGUGAUGAAACCUUUGUUUUGGAUUUGGCUGGUUACUCGCGUGGUUUCGACCACAGCAGAGCGAAGAAGUGUUGUGGCUCCUCAAUCUGUUGUGAAUCCCAAGGAAACAAGGACACAGACCAUAAACACAGCUCCAAUUACCAUCCACGUCCCAUUCCUCAAGAGUUCUGGCACACGCCAACAACCAGCUGCUCCAGCGGCUAUUGCCCAAGAAGCACCCGAGGGUACAUACUUGUUUCCUGUCACAGAACAAAAUAAAGAGCAGCCUCCAACAGUCAACUUGGUGCUCAAUCUAAGGCUGGUUAUGGACGGAGAAAAGAAAGCCGGGCAGUCAGAAUUUGUUGUCAAUGAACCAACGUCUGCACCAGCAGUUAGAGCGAAUUCUGGAGAGUAUGUCGCCCAUGAGGUAAAGAUCGUAACCCCAAACACAAAUCUCAACCCCAGUCCGACUCCAGCGUCAUCCAUCGGUUUACAGGGAGAAAUCAAUCAAGGCGAUGUCCCGGCAUUGUCCACCACACAAGGGAAUAACCCGAAUGCUCCUCAACAGCCCGCCAAAAACUUCGGCGUUGUUCCUUCUUUUCUUCUUGUCCCCAAAAGACGGGUGUUGCACAACGUACGAUCAAAUAUGAAAGCAGUUGUACCAGGGUUACCAAUGGCCAGGUUCAGGCAGCAAUUUCUUUUUGAGCACAACAAGAAGCGCCUUCUUCACGGAGUAUCACCGCUGAUGCAGGAUCAGAGGUUAAACGCCGACGCUCAGAGAUUGGCUAUAGAAUUAGCACAGCAGAGAAAUACAACGCAUUCUGUUCUGCGAAAGAGAGUAGGACGGGGAGAAAAUAUCGCACUUCGCUGCUCGUUUAAAGGUUCUCCUCUUACCGGCGCUCGAGCCACGAAUCUAUGGUACGAUGAGAAUACAAAGUUUGAUUGGAAGAACAAAUCAUUCAGUCCAGAGACAGAAAGGUUUACUCAGCUAGUUUGGAAGAAUACCACGAAAGUUGGUUUUGGCAGAUCCCAGUUUACCGACAGAAACGGACGAAUCUGUUUUGUAGUUGUGGCUCGUUACGAACCAGCGGCGAAAAUCGGAGAAAAAAUUUUGGACAACGUGCUUGAACCCAUUAAAGCUAACCGGAAAACCACUAGUAUUAAUUAAAAAAUUAGGAUGGUACACUAUGUUGGAUGGUUUCACACAACUUGGAUUCGGUAUGAAAAGUAAUAAAGUUUGUAUGAUAUUAUUCGUGUAGUACUCUUGAUGAUAUUCUUACAUCUGUCCAUAACCAUAACUGCUGAGCAACAAACGACUUGUUGUAAACAAAACGACUGAUAGAUUGCUUCUUUAGUAAACCGUACCUAAAUUACUGCACGCUUCACUCGACAGCCUGAUGAAAGCAAGC